UGUCGGCAUGAUGCGACGGGGUGCCCAGACCAUCUCUAUUGGGAGCGGCUGUGGAGGGAGGGGUACGGUCGCCCACGAGAUCGGUCAUGCUCUCGGUUGGCAUCACGAGCAAUCACGACCCGAUAGGGAUGAUUACGUCACCAUCAACUUUGACAAUGUCGCAUCUGGUAGGAAUUUUAAUUUCUAUAAAUAUGUGACGUCAUCUAUCGCCACUCAUGACGUACCAUAUGACGCAGGCUCAAUAAUGCAUUACGGGGCGCUGUAUUUCAGUUCCAACGGGCUGCCGACAAUUGUAGCAGUCGACCCGAUGAAUCAGUUUAAGUUGGGGAACAGGAAUGAUUUCAGUUUUUAUGACAUAAAGAUGGCAAAUCUUAUGUUGGAAUGUGCUGCACACUGCCAAACAGAAGCCCCCCUGCAUUGCCAGAACGAAGGGUUUAUUGGGAAAGACUGUACAUGCAUAUGUAAGCCAGGAUACAUCGGUGAAUUGUGCCAGACUUUUGACGAAGGGAGUGCUGAAUGCGUCUACGAAUUGACAGACCAGUCUGGCACCUUGACAUCCCCGAACUUCCCUGAACCAUACGGCAACUAUGAGCUAUGUGUUUGGAAAAUUGUGGGUGAGGAGGGCUCUACUGUGAAUCUGACAUUCACAUCCUUUGACAUUGAACGUGGACCGUCAUGUAUAUAUGACAAGGUUAUCAUUAGAUCAGAUUCCGAUCUGACUGCUGCCAGUGAACAGAAGUUUUGUGGGAAUGAAAUUCCGGCUGAGAUUGAAUCUGCUGGUAACGUGAUGUUGGUAGUCCUCUCCACUGACAAAAGCUAUACAAGACCAGGGUUUGAGGCACGAUACGUCAUCCAAAGCCGUGACGAAGUGUCGGUCAUCCCUUAUACUGUGACUCCGACGGUCGUGACUACGACGGUCGUGGAGACAACGAAGCCCAUGGCUACAACGACGGUCUUGGACACAACGUCCGUCUUUGAUAUAACUACGGCCCCAGCUACUACGACGGGCUUGGAUACAACGACGGUCUUGGACACAACGUCCGUCUUUGAUAUAACGACGGCCCCAGCUAAGAAGACGGUCUUGGAUACAACGACGGUCUUUGAGACACCGUUCAACGGCAACUGUGAGUCCGUUGUUGGAACAUGUGGUGGAGCUUUCCAUGGCAAUGGCUGCAUAGCCUCCCCUAACUACGGAAAAGGGAAUUACAAUCUAAAUGCAAAGUGCGUGUAUACUAUUAAGGCACCUCCAGGCCAACGAAUCAAGCUGACAGUAUUGGACCUCCACAUUGAGUACUCGAUGUCGUGUGCUUACGACUAUCUUGAAAUCAUCCACAAAGAUGCACACAGUGCUCCUAUGAGUAUGAGGCUAUGUGGAGACAAUUCUGGGUUGGAGUCGAUUGUUUCUACGUCCAACAAACUGACCAUCAAGCUCGUUAGCGAUGGAACAGUCUCAAAGGAAGGCUUCGUCGCCAAGUUCGAACCAAUACAUUCAAAUUAAAACAUUCCAGGUUUACCCGUCGGGUUCACCGUACCGCACUGGUUUGAAGUUUAUUAUUUUAAAAGAUACCAACAGAAUUUAUUAGUUACAUAAAUUAUUUGAACCGUUUCGAAAUUUUUAAAGGGUUGUUGAUUAAAAUGGGAGUUUGUUUGACCACGAGGGGGCGCUCUAACAUAAAAGUGCGAAGCCGCUUUUUGGCUCAUUUGUAACUCAUUUUUAAAGCGAAGUUUUGCCUUUGGCAAAUAACAAAAUAACAUUGUAUUGUAAUGUUUCGUGGUUCUCUGACUACCUCUUAGCCAAUACAUGCCUUGAAUAUUUGUUGUAGCAUUUUAGAAUAUAUCAGAGGUAUUUUAAAGUGUGGUUUGAUAAAAUAUAGCAAUAUGAUAUAAAAAAUAUACUUUAUAAUUAUCUAACAUUCAUCUUGCCUGGUUGUGGCUAUAUUUGAACAGCCGUCUGCCAACAAUGAAAAGGGCGUAGUUUAUGUAUCCACAGUAGACCUAUUUCGUUGACACUAAGCCGUGUAAACACAAAGAACUAAACACAAUAAACAAUUCAAUGAAAAAAAUAUAGAACAACAAAAAGACAAUGAUGAGUUGAACAUACUUCGUUAGUUUGUUCACUGAAAACGAGGAUGUGGCCUAGACAC